AAAUAAAGUAAAAAAGAAAAAAGUAAAAGCAAAAAAAAAAAAAGCAAGCACCAACACCAUCAUGCCUACUCGAAACGCUUACAUUGGAACCAUUGCCCUCUUUGUGGUCACAUUUGCUUUCCAACUUACAUCAUUGUUUGACCCCAAGUGGGUGCGGUAUACGAGUCCCGAACCUUUCUACACAGAGACCAACUAUGGUCUCUUCCAGAAAUGCUCAAGCUUAACGGAUGAUUGUCGUCGGUUCCCUCAAAAGUCUUGGGGAGAUUGUGAUCAGGACAAGGGCUCGGGUCGGUGGGUCAAGCUCUGUGGAGAAUGGCGCGUCGCAGCGGGCCUCAAUGUUGCAGCUGCCAUCUUUGGACUGGUGAUCCUGUUUGCAUUGGGCACUGUGUUGUAUUCGGGUGAGAGAUGGCAUGCCAACGGAUGGAAGCAUGUCCUUGGCCUCAUGGGCAUCUUUGCUGGACUCCAAGUCAUGUCGAUGGGAUUGAUUGCGCAUGUGGCACAGACCUCAUCAAUGUUUGUCCAUCAUCAUUACGGCCUCUCAUUUGUCUUGUCAAAUGUCUCUUGGGUUUUUGCAACUGCCCUUGCGAUCGGCGUCAUGCUCUAUGCCAAAUAUGCUGCUCAGGGUCGCAUUGCCUUGGAAUAAAGUUGGAUAGCAAUCGACAGAACGGAGAAAUCAAUGUCUCUCAGAAGGGUUGAUGAUCUUUAAAGGGUUCUUCUAGGAUUAGGUGUUCUUUUUUUCCAUGUCUCCAACUUGUACAUAGUUAUCAGAAUACACAGAAUAAAACGAAAUAAAAGGUAAAAGAGACAUGAAUAUGAUCUUGAUACAUUAUAUAUAAAUUGGUGCCAAGAUUUUGCAGAUUUGUCUCAAUACUCUCUUACUCACCUUAAG